CGCGAGGAACGGGUCUGAAGAUGGCCUACAUCACCUGGUCUUAUCGAUGAAAGGAAGCACUCUGGCCGCCUACGAGCGACUCGACUAGAAAAGAAGAGAACCGGAAAAUUCAUAGGGAAAAAAUGGGUCAAGCGUGGUGCAAGGAAAAAACUUCCAAGGCCCAAGAUUCCAAGUCACCGUUGGAUCGAGUCUUCGUACGAUGCGCCCAUCGGAUUUAUCCCGGUUUAAAGGAGGAAGGCUCAGUUUUAGGAGGCGCCACGCAGAGAGUUACGAGCUCCGAAAUAGGAUACGCCGGUUCACCACCGAGGGAAGUGCUCACGAGGGGACGGAGCAUAGACUCGGUGGACAGGCCCUUUCAUCCUAGCGACUGGGUGGACGUCAAUCUCGAAGUGCCCAGCCCGCCUAGAGCGAGCUCGACUCUCCCGAACUCGAUUGUCGGCGCUAGUCCGCGUCCCGUUGCCGCACCUACGUUCAGCUGUUCCAAUCUGAAGGACAUCACUCCUGUGCCACCUCCGAGACGAAAAAAAAGGAACAGGAGCAGACCCUUGCCACCGAAACCGGACGAGAUUCCUGAGAACGUGACCAAUAAUUUGAAACGCGGCGAUACGAGCGAGGAACCGUUAUAUUUGUCGGUCAGAUCGCCGAAGACGAGUAGCAACGACCAGAACGGUGAUGUCGAGACGCGAGGAACGGGAAAGACCUGCACGGAAGACUCGAAGCAUGACGGUCGAAGGACGAAAGAGAUUUACGAACAUAAGGUUAAUGGUACCGGAAGGAUAAUAUCCAGUGAGGUGGUUUCCGGCAAGAGGACGCCCGCCGACAAGAAAACUUGGAGGAUUUCGGAGUCGGGCCACCAUCACCGGAAAGUUCCCGAGAACGAGGAAUACGAGAGAUUCGCGCGAAAUCAGUCGAUUAAGGACUCUUCGACUCCUAAUCGCCAGGACAGACGGAAGUCGAAGGAGCUCGAGAGGCGGAUCAGGGAUUCCUCGAGGGAUGACGACAGACCGGAAGCAAAUACGAGGACGAAGAACUACAGCACCGUUAGCUUGCCGAAUUACGAUGAGCUAGACGUGUCUAGGCAUCCUACGAAAAGCACGACGAACGACGAAGAAAGUGUAGGAGAGAAAAUAAAGUUUAAGAGACCCGUCAGAUGCAGCACUGUCUCGCUUCCGGCCGAAUCUUUCCUGUCGCCCUUUUCUGAGAAAACCAGUGUAUGUCUGGAGGACUAUAUCCCGCGACGUGGCAGCAUCGAGCACCUGUCAGUGUAUCAGGUGCUGGGAAGAUUGGGCUCUAGCGAGAAUGAGGUCGUCGACGGCGAAUUCAUGAAGUACGAUCCGAGUAAAUUGGAGGAUUGGGACCUCAGUGACACCAGUAAUUGCGACUCGAGCCAACGUUUCUCUGUCGAGAAUACGCCGCGGAUUGAAAUCUAUAACGAUAAAUCUGUGGAAAGUGGACUUUCCGAGGGUAUAGAUGUUGUCGACCACUCGCGAAAUACCGAAGCCGGGAAAGCUGAGUCGGCUGAGAUGAAAAUCUCGUGCGUUCAAGAUAUGAAAUCGUCAUUGCAGAAACCCGAAUCUUUUGGCAAGGCAGCAUCGCCGUUAAUCGAUUCUGAUAGAGAAUCGAAGUAUCCCGACGAUUUAACGGAUGAAAAUAGAUCGUUGUUAAAGUAUUUCGAUCCUCCCAAGAUGUCGGAAAUUUGUCAAGCAUCACCGAUUUGCGAAUUAGCGUCCUCGCCAGGUCGUAGAGAGCCAUUUUUUCUAAACGAGGAACUUCAUCGUUCUUCGGCUUUUGAUACGAUCGAAGAGUCCUGCAGGAACGGCGCCAUCAUUCGGGAAUCCGAUCGAUCCGACCAAUCGAGGCUGAUCUUCGGCCGUAGCCUGUCAAACGAGAGCGAGCCAUACGACGAUCCGUACGAAUCGAAGGAGUUGCGUGCACAUUCCGACGUAACGAACAAGUUAAUCAGAACGAUAUCGGAGGAGUCGUUGCCACAGGAAAUGCUGGAGGAAGUCGACGAGGAGAUUGUCGACUUUUUCGACGAGAAGCUAGCCAAGGACGCGACAAACAAAUUGAAGAAGGAUUGCCAGGAUCAGCUGGUAAAGACACCACCACCGAGUCCGGAGCCAAAGAUCAAAGCUCAGAUCCUGGACAACGAUCAUUCGACCUUGCUCAAGGUCCUGAAUGACGAGGCGACUGACGGAAGUAAUCUCAGCUCGAUGACGCCGAGCCUCACCGAGCUGGAGGCCGCGCUUUCGGAUAUGUUGGAGAAGGAGGAUCAACCAGACGAAAUUAUGAAGCGAGAGCAUACGAGCGAGGAAUGCAAACAGACUUCUGUGGAGAAGCUUCUCGAGCCGGAAAUCGUACCUGUAGAAAAGCAGAACGCAGUCGACAGAACUGUGUCUGAUCAAUGUCGUUCAAUUAACGAUGACAUUCUAGUCGAUAGUACGCUUGAGAAUAAGACAGAUCGGUUGUCCGUGUCUUUGGAAGAGCUCCUCGGAGACUCGGCGACACCGAAGAAAAGAAAAGUGUCUUUUUGUACCUGGGAAGAGAAGAUCAUGAUGGACGUUGAUUUGAAAAAUGACGAGAAAUCCUCACAUGACGAAAAGUCACAAAAUUUUAAUCAAGUGAUCAAUCCUGAUUUCAACGAUUCUAUUAUUAAAUCGGAAUUAAAAUCAAGCUCUGACAUUUUAGACGAAGAUAUCAAAGCCGAUUCAAAAGAUAGCGCAAGCUCUGUGGAAGAAGCGCCCGAGAAACCUGAUAGGUUGUUUCAAGAUUUGGAAGAUGUAGCGGAGAAUUUGCAAAUUCCUACGCCGCCACGAAGGAAAAACAAAAGUUUAGGUGUUACGAAGGAGUCAGUCAGGACUAUAGACAAUUAUCACGAAGAUCCUGAUUCUGGUCCCAAUGACAGACUCAUUUAAUAAUUUCAGAUUGCGUGAUCUCGUAAUCUUUCCGUUGUUAUGUGAUCGUGUGCGAUAAUAUGAUCCUACAAUUUUUGUGCCACAUGAAUUGUUAAUAUGUUUAAUACAUUAAUUCAUAAUCGCUAUAAACUAAUAACUAUGUAAUUAAUAAUAAAAAAUAAAGAAAAA